AUGAGGACACUCACACGGGUGGCCCCCAGUGUGUUCUUCAUAUACCUGCUUUCUUGUAUAAUUGUGUGUGGCACAGAAGAGAGCACAAAUUCUAAAAUCCCAUUUCUCAAUGCAAAAUAUGACGGCUAUCCCAUGUUGUACUUCUCCAAAGGCGAAGUGGCGAAACUGCGUGCCCAAGCAGCAGGCAGCCAUCAACACAUUGCAUCACGUAUUGAUGAAGCUGUUCACACAAUGCUGACUAACCCCACUGAAUACCUUCCACCUUGGGAACCAAAAGACUUUUCAGCCAGAUGGAAUGAAAUAUAUGGCAACAAUUUAGGAGCACUGGCAAUGUUCUGCAUCUUGAAUCCUGACAACACUGAAGCAAUUGGCUUUGCAAGAGAUUAUAUGGAACGAAUGGCAGCACAGCCUAGUUGGUUGGUGAAAGAUGCUCCCUGGGAUGAGGUACCCCUGGCACACUCUCUUGUGGCCUUUGCCACUGCUUAUGACUUUUUGUAUAACUCUUUUACUAAACACCAAAAAGAGAGGUUUCUUGAGGUCAUUGCCAAUGCUUCAGGCUAUAUGUAUGAAACGUCAUACAGGAGAGGAUGGGGGUUUCAGUAUCUCCACAACCAUCAACCUACUAAUUGUAUAGCACUGUUAACAGGAAGUUUAGUCAUGAUGAAUCAAGGGUACUUGCAAGAAGCUUACUUCUGGACAAAACAGGUUCUCACCAUAAUGGAGAAGUCAAUAGUCCUGUUAAAUGAUGUGACAGAUGGGUCACUGUAUGAAGGCGUGGCCUAUGGCAGCUACACCACCAGAUCACUUUUUCAGUAUAUGUUUCUUGUCCAAAGGCAUUUUGAUAUCGACCACUUCAACCAUCCUUGGUUAAAAGAGCAUUUUGCUUUUAUGUACAGAACUAUCCUGCCAGGUUUUCAGAGAACAGUUGCCAUAGCAGAUUCGAACUACAACUGGUUUUAUGGUCCCGAGAGUCAGUUAGUAUUUUUAGAUAAGUUUGUUCUGAGAAAUGGAAGUGGAAAUUGGUUGGCAGAACAAAUCCAAGCCAACAGAGUGCAAGAAGGACCAGGGACCCCUGCCAAAGGACAACGUUGGUGCACUUUGCACACAGAGUUUCUUUGGUAUGAUGCUUUGUUGACGCCUACACCACCACCAGAUUUUGGGACCCCAAGACUGCAUGUUUUUGAAGACUGGGGAGUAGUGACCUAUGGAAGCUCUUUACCUGCAGAGAUCAACAGGCCAUUUAUUUCCUUCAAAUCAGGAAAACUUGGAGGACGUGCAAUAUUUGACAUUGUUCACAAAAACAAAUACCAAGAUUGGGUAAAGGGAUGGAGGAAUUUCAAUGCUGGCCAUGAGCACCCAGACCAAAAUUCAUUUACAUUUGCUCCUAAUGGAUUUCCAUUUAUAACUGAGGCUUUGUAUGGACCGAAAUAUACUUUUUUAAAUAACGUUCUUAUGUUUUCACCAUCAGUGUCAGAAAGCUGCUUUGCUCCUUGGGAAGGACAGGUGACCGAGGACUGUACUUCAAAGUGGCUAAAAUAUAAACAAGGGGAGGCAGCUGACUCUCAUGGAGGGGUGGUGGCAGCAAUGGAGAAAAAUGGAGUUGUUUUUAUCAGGGGUGAAGGUGCGUCAGCCUACAGCCCUAAACUGAAAUUAAAAAGUGUUCAAAGAAAUCUAGUUUUACUCCAUCCACAGCUUCUGCUACUUGUUGACCAUAUACACUUGGAUCAUAGUAGCACAGUAGAUGCAACAACUACUUUUUUUCACAAUGUAGACUUGCCUUUUGAGGAAACCUCUAUUGAUGGUGUUCAUGGGGCAAUACUUAAG